GGGAACCUUCGACCUGAACAGUGGUGGACACACUGACCUGCUGGCUGCUCCAAGUUACCAUGGACCCUGAAGACCUGCAGCUCCUGUUGCCCCCUAUGACCCUGGCAUCCCUGGCGAACAGCUGGCUGCAAGAGGACUGCCCGGGCCUCAAUUUUGCAUCCUUGGUUACCGGGUCGGCGCCCUCACAGGCUGUGCUGUGGGCCAAAUCCCCCGGGUAUCUGGCAGGGCGACCUUUCUUUGACGCCAUCUUCACUCAACUCAACUGCCAAGUGUCCUGGUUCCUCCCGGAGGGAUCGAAACUGGUACCUGUGGUCAAGGUGGCAGAGGUCAGGGGACUUGCCCACCACCUGCUGCUGGGGGAACGGGUGGCCCUUAACACCCUGGCCCGCUGCAGUGGAAUUGCAAGCGCCGCAGCGACAGCUGUGGAGGUGGCCAGGAGCACCGGCUGGACUGGACAGGUGGCGGGCACGAGGAAGACCACGCCGGGGUUCCGACUGGUAGAGAAGUAUGGGCUCCUAGUAGGUGGGGCCGCGUGCCACCGCUACGACCUAGGAGGGCUGGUGAUGGUGAAAGACAACCACGUGGUGGCAGCCGGCAGCAUGGAAAAAGCAGUGCUGAAGGCCCGGCAGGCAGCUGAUUUCUCCCUGAAGGUAGAGGUGGAAUGUAGCAGCCUGAAGGAGGCCUUGCAGGCAGCAGAGGCUGGGGCUGACCUGGUAAUGCUGGACAACUUUAAGCCUGAGGAGCUGCACCCCACAGCAGCUGUACUUAAAGCCAAAUUCCCCAGCGUGUCUGUGGAAGCCAGUGGGGGCAUCACAUUGGACAACCUCCCCCAAUUCUGUGGGACACACAUUGAUGUCAUCUCACUGGGAAUGCUGACCCAGGCUGCUCCAGCCCUGGACUUUUCCCUCAAACUGUUUGCUGAAGGAGAUACUCCAGUGCCUCAUGUUCACCGGUCCUAAAACCUAAGAAGAUGCCACCAGAAUGGAUUAUUGCGGCUUGUUGGGCCCCUUGGGUCACACAUCUUUAGGUUCAGAGGCCGACAGGACACACCUAGCAUUUGCCGAGGCUUCCCACUAGCUCUGCAAUCUCCAGCUUGUCUGACUUGCCAGGGCUGAGUUUGAUUUUGCUUGCCUCAGUUUUCUCAUCUGUGAAAUAGGUCUAAUAAACUUCACUGGGCUGUUGAUGACAAGUACCAC